AUGAAAGAUCUUGGCAAAUUGAGCUCCUUCCUUGGCAUCUCUAUAUCUCAUCAAGCAAAUGGGAUGUUUCUUUCUCAAAAAUCAUAUGCUCAAGACAUCAUUGCCCGAGCAAAUAUGUCGUCUUGCAAACCAUCCUCGACUCCUGUCGACUCUAAGGCCAAACUCAGCACCACCUCCGGCCCACCAGUCGAGGAUCCCACCCUCUAUCGAAGCCUUGCAGGAGCCUUGCAAUAUUUGACUUUCACUAGGCCCGACAUCUCUUACGCCAUUCAAAAAAUUUGUCUCUUCAUGCAUGAUCCACGCAAAGAGCAUAUGCAAGCCCUCCGUCGGAUACUCCGAUACUUGCAAGGUACCCUCAAACUCGGGCUGCACUUGUAUCCAACUUCUCUUUCAAGCCUCAUUUCCUACACCGACGCGGAUUGGGGUGGCUGCCCCGAUACGCGCCGCUCCACCUCCGGCUAUUGCAUUUUUCUCGGGGACAAUCUCCUAUCUUGGUCUGCUAAAAGGCAACCCACACUUUCUCGCUCUAGUGCCGAAGCCGAAUACCGUGGAGUGGCUAACGUUGUAGCCGAGUCCUAUUGGUCACAAAACUUGCUACUAGAACUUCAAUGUCCAAUUAAGAAAGCUACGGUGGUCUAUUGCGAUAAUGUAAGUGCCUUGUAUCUCUCCGGCAAUCCCGUUCAACACCAACGCACAAAACACAUAGAAAUGGACAUCCACUUCGUUCGCGAAAAGGAACAGCCAGAGUGUGAAGGUGCUAUCGACGACAGUGACACAGCUUCUGCUUCUGAAGAUGCCCAACUGAUGGCAGAGUCUGAGGGUACUAUCGACGACAGCAACACAGCUGCUGCUUCUGAAGAUGCCAGACUGAUGGUGGAAAGACUCGCAGGGCAGGAAGGUGAAACGUCUGAUGGGAGUGAUUAA